GUCAUAUUACUCCGCAAGAGUAAACACUGACCUGAAAUAUUGAUUAGUCGUCCAUUCUGAAAUACGAAACGGUGCACAUUGUGCUACUGAUGGACAUCGGAGUAUUAUUAGGUCACUAGCUAGUCAGCGUUUGCCUUGGUUUCAGUUCACAAGAUGGACUACGUGCUAUGGCGGACCAACAUGGCGGGCGCUUUGCGCCUUUUCCUUUUUGAGAAAGUGCUGAGAGUUUUUGGACAUUAGAGGAGGGCGAAGUGAACAGUGGCGCCUUACGAAGGUCCAGUGGGCAGCAUCGCUUCUCAAAGUUUGUUUCCCUUCUUUCCCGGACUCUGUCGAAACGCCAACCCUGCCGCUUUGUUUACAUUCUGUGACCCGGCCGUGCAUGCGUUUUGUCAGUCAUUUACGAGCUCCAGCUUUGUGGGCUGGCGUCAAACACAGUCGCGCUACUCAGUAGAAUGUUACCGAGCCAGGUUGGGUCGGCACCACAGGGAAACGCGUCAGCUUCAUCGAGAGGUACCGUCGGGCUCGGUUCGGCCUCUGUCGGUGGCGGGAAUCGUCCCGUCUUGAUCCGAACAGGGCAAGCUUCAGUCGGGCUUGGGGAGAGCGUGAGCGGGGCUGGGCGACACGGAACCAGAGAGGCGCUCGGGAUGUUGGGGGCAAACGGUCCGGGGGGUCCACGAGGUGUGAGGUCUGGGAACGGGACCGGGGUUAGCCCACUUCAGGCCGCCAUCCAAGGCGGCAUGGUGGGUCUCAACGCGGGGAUCGUGUUGCCUCACGGACCCAGGUUCGACCCGGAUAGAGAGAGUGUGCCUCUGUGCAGCGGCUCGGACAACGACUCGGACUCUGGGGAUGACGACGACCCGGUGGGUUCGCUCGGGGACAAUAGGAGAGGGGUGAAGCGGGAGAGAACCGAGAUGGAAGCCGCUGUCCCGGGCCAGGAGGUCGGAGGCGCUCCCGGAGGGUACGGCCUGGUUCCCGGAGGCGUCGCGGGGGCCAAGCCGGGGAAGAAGACACGUGGUCGCGUCAAGAUCAAGAUGGAAUUUAUUGACAACAAGUUGAGACGCUACACCACUUUUAGCAAGAGGAAGACUGGCAUUAUGAAGAAGGCCUACGAGCUCUCCACGCUGACCGGAACCCAAGUUCUACUGCUCGUGGCCAGCGAAACGGGUCACGUCUACACGUUCGCCACCCGUAAACUCCAGCCCAUGAUCACCAGUGAAACGGGCAAAGCGCUGAUCCAAACGUGCCUCAACUCGCCGGACUCGCCGCCACGUUCUGACCCCUCCACAGACCAACGCAUGAGUGCGACAGGCUUCGAGGAGACGGACCUCACCUACCAGGUGUCUGAGUCGGAGAGCAUGGGCGACACUAAGGAUACUUUGAAACCCACGUUCACAGUAGCCGGCCUACCAGGCGGUACCAGCAGCGCCCAGGCCACCGUGCCCACCACCUCCACCAGCAUGCAGGUGAGCAGCGGGCCCAACUUUCCCAUCACCAACUACCUGGCGCCCGUCUCCGCCAGCACCAGCGUCAGCGCCAACGGGACUGUCCUCAAGACCACCGGCACCUCUACGGGCGUGAUGCAAAUACCUGGUGGCUUCACUUUCAUGCCUGCAGGCACUCCUCUCCCCCCCGGCACCCCCACCAUUCCUCUGAGCCAGCUGCAGCAGCACUCCCUGACUCUCCAGGGGCAGCAUGGUCAGACUCUGACCGCCGCCCCUCAGCCUCAGCAGGGCCAGCAGGCCGUCUUCCGCUUCCCUGCUGCUGUCUCCCUCACAGGGGCGGGUGUCCCUCAGCAGCUCCAGGCCAUUCAGGUUCACCCCAACACCCAGACCAUCUCCAACAGUGAGAGCAGCCCCGAGAUGUCCCACACCUCUACAAACUCCACGGCUACGGUGAGUCUCCCGGCGACCAUCGUCACCUCAACGGUGCCGUCGUCUGUGGCCGGUCACAUGAUGUACCCCAGCCCCCACACGGUGAUGUACGCAUCCACGCCCGCGCUGGCUGACGGGGGGCUCGCCGUGCUCAACGCCUUCUCCCAGGGCACGUCGGCCAUGCAGGUUUCCCACGCGCAAGCCCACGAAGCAGCGUCUGUCCCGCAAGUGUUCCUCACGGCCCCUCCAGGAACAGUGCAGAUCCCCGUCUCGGCGGUGCAACUUCACCCAGUACGGCAAGAUCUGCAUUUCACAAAUGGUGAUUGGGCCCCAGUCGAGCGGCAGCAGCACUAACCUGACCGAGUUGCAGGUGGUCAACUUGGACGCGGCGCAAAACUCCAAAAGUGACUGAUGGAGGCAAGCGAGAGCGUCUUUCUCUUUAUUUAUUGAUGCCUUCCUACAUCACACUUCUCAAUGUGACCUUACAUACAAACACACAAUCAAGGGCCUGUGUGUGAAUUGACCUUUCGCCCGUAUGUUUUGGUAUGUAUAUAUAUACAUAUAUCUAUAUAUUCGCAAAUGCAUAGGAAGUAUAUCACUACACGUGUCAUCAGAAUCCUAUUUUCGAUGUCAUUAGAUGGUAUUUUUGUGUGUGCGUGCGUGUGCACUUUUUUUUAUUGCUUGUUUUUGAAGAUACAAUUACAUGAACACUCAGUUGGGGGUCACAAAGUGUCACGCCAGCCAAAGACGUUUGUAUGAAUGUACACACACACGCGCGUCUGUGUGUGUCAAUGGAGAAUUAUGACUUGCUAAUCUGUAUAUAGUUUUUAAAGAUGAAAAAAAAAAAAAGCAAACAACUCAUAUUUUUAACCUGGUUUAGUUUUGUGUAACGGCAUGGAGGUUUUUUUUGUUUUGUUUUUUGUUUGUUUGUUUUUUUUUUUUUUUAUGUUGUGGUUUUGUAUGUACAUGACAAUGACACCAAGAAGUGAAUCUGUACAUGUAUACUGUUUGGGAAAUAUUUGAAAAUGCUUUUCAUGCUGUUCUACUACAUGACUGCUUCACAAAGACUCAAGCAGGUUUGUCAUGUGGGGGUGAGGACACAUUGUUACGUGGAGUGCAGACUGUUGGUGGACAUUCAUAGGAAUCUGAUUGCACAGAACCACAAUUAAAUUGGACAAGUGUGGACAGUGCGUACACCAAACUCUAUCGCACAACAUUCAGUGGAACCUUCAAUGUUGAACCCAAUCCAUCAUGCGAAUUGUUGUGAUUGGAUGGACGGAUCGCGUUCAUGCAACUCAAAACGGUUGCCAUUCUGAAAGCUUUAAAUGUACACGACAGGCAACGUCUUAUGUCACAUUUUAACAUCCCUACACACAAGUUCAAACAUCUCUAAAACUACAUUAAAGCAAAACUACUCACCAUUUGAAGAUGCAGAGUAGCUGCAAAGUAACGAAUGUUUGUUGACGUGUUUCACUGGUAGUUUCUGUACUAUUUAUUGGAAUCUGCUUGCAAAAAAAAAUAAUAUACCGGUAAUAUGCAAUGUAAUCAUGCCCACAUUGUGUUGAGCAGUCUGAUUGUUUGCAUUUCAGUUGCCCUUUACACUUUUCCUUUUCCAAUUAAAAAAAAAAAAAAAUGCGUUGUUGAUGCUUUAGCUGCUCACUGAGCGUGACGUAAUAAUUUCAGAAAUGCCCACUUUUUUCUCCAGAAACUUUUAGUUGAAAUGCAAAUUGUGGUAAGUUUAACUUUGGAGGUUCCACUGUUAAUUAGGGGUAGGUAUUUAAUAUUGAUCCUUAUUUAAAUUCAGAUGGAUUCUUUUGUCAAAGUUGUGACAUCACAACACGCGCUGCUGCAAAAUGUGCUGCCUUACUUGCUGGACGUUCAAAGACACGACAGCAACACAGCUUCAAUAUUGCAAUUAAAUAUUUGUUUGAUUCUCAGUCAAA